UGACGUCUGUGCUUCCACCUUCAACGCCGCGUUCACCCAGAACCUGUAACGACACCCUAAUGCACCCUCUGGAGCGAUCAUGAAGCCCGCAUCUUUCGUCGCAUAUCCCCUCGCAACCAUCGCCCUCACCCUUGCCACGUCUGCGCAAGCCCGCCCCUUCGACAGCAUCAUCCAGUCAUUCAACAUCCUCAGCGAACAGUCACCUCUCCGAGAUUACAUUAUGAGCAACCCUGAAGGCCAGGCGACGACUGGCGUCAUCAUAUCCGAUGUCAUCGGCAAGACGCAGAACAUCGCCAUCUUCAGCGGCCUGACGCGUGACAUCGAGGCAGUCUCCGGCCGCCUCGAUAACGCCUCGCAGAACGCCACGGUGCUGGCACCGAACAACAGCAUCAUGCGCGACCUAAAGAGGAAACCUUGGGAAGACCCCGACGACUACGACAGCUUUGGCGCGGACGCGUACGAGGGCACCAGCGGCCAAGACCGGGCGCGGGGCAACCUUGAGCGCUUUGUGCAACGCCACAUCAUACCCGAGAGCCCAUGGGAAGAGGGCAAGAAGGUGAAGACGCUUGCCGGCAAUGAAAUUUGGUGGGAGUCCAAGGACGGCCAAAAAAAGAUCCAACCUGCCGACGUCGAAGUAACCAGCAUCGCCGACAAGGUAUCCAACGGCGAGGUUUGGGUUCUUAGAGGCUCUCUGGGGUAAACAUGGUAAAUUUAGGAGAGCCUAGAGCUCACACUGACAUUCCAUGCGCUAUCAUCCGCCCUUUGUACUCACGAACCAUUCCUUACGAUCGUACAUACUUGUUUCAUGUCCAGCAUUAGACGGUUUCAUGAUGAACCUGCAUCAACUCGGUGGUAGUGACGGUCUCUAUAGAAUAAGAUUACGCCUUACGCACACCUACAGCUAUUAUUAUCACAUUUCCUUGCCG